AUGACCUCCAUCAUGCGCUUAAGAACAACCCUCCAAGCUCGAAGCCAACUCCCAAUCCUAUCAUCCACGCGCAUCCAACAACCCCCAGCUAUCCUUACCAGAAGCUACGCGAACAAAUCCUCCAACGACCCCGAACAGCCACCUACCGCAACACCGGGCGAAAAAGGCUCAAAAGGCUCAAAAGGUGCCCCAAUUCCCUCCAACAAGGCCAAGCCCACUCUCAGUGAGGGAGCGCAGUCACCGAAGGAUUACCCGCAAGACGUGAAGCAGCAUAAUAAGGAGAUGGAGGAGAGGUAUGAUCGGCCUUAUAACGGUAUUACGGAUGAGGGGACUGUUGAGCCUACUUUCAAGAGGUAG